AUGACCAGAUUAAAUUCCUACGGUCAAGUCAUAGGUGACGCUGUACCAAACUGGGAUCCCAGACCGCUGCCCGAGAAAGUGACUUUGGAAGGAACACACUGUAGGUUGGAGCCGUUAGACUUCGAGAAGCAUGCAAAACAAUUGUAUGCAUCCUACUCCAGUGCGGAAGACGACCGCUCUUGGACUUACGUGCCUAUAGGCCCCUUCUCGGAUUUUUCUGAUUACGCAAAGGUAGCAAUCACAUUUGCGAGUUCGACCACUGUGUCACACUAUGCUAUCGUGCACAGCGGUACCGGACAUGCAAUUGGUACUUUAGCAUUGAUGAACUGUGAUCCUAGCAACGGCUCGGUUGAAAUUGGGUAUGUGCUUUUUUCACCGAAAUUGCAGCGCACUAUGGCUUCCACUGAAGCGGUGUACCUGAUGAUCAAAUACGUCUUUGACACUUUGGGAUACCGAAGAUGUGAAUGGAAAUGUGACAGCCUUAACAUCCCAUCACAUAGAGCAGCGGAACGCUAUGGUUUCAAGGCCGAAGGAACUUUUAGAAAUGCUGUUAUCUACAAAGGUCGCAGUAGGGAUACUCAAUGGCACUCAAUUACAGAUUACGAAUGGCCCAUCGUUUCGCGCGCUUUCGAAGAAUGGCUGAGCGAGAAGAAUCAUUCAAAUGGCCAGCAGAAGGAUAAACUUGCAGACAUCAGAUCAAGGUUGGAGAGCGAGACUGCAAGAUGA